AUGGCAUCCAACAUACGCCUCAAAAUGCCUUCAACCUCCACUCUCUACAUCAACGACAUCAACACCUCAUCCUGUACACGCUUCAAGUCCGAAUACUCUAGCCACGGUCCCAUAGAAAUCAGCGCCUCAGCAAGAGAAGCCGCCGAAAAAGCCAAAUACCUUAUCUCCAUUGUACCCGACGGUACAGACGUGAAAAAAGUAUAUCUAGACCCCGGAACCGGCCACGCAGGGCUAGGAACAUACAUCGACGCGCCCGUAUCCGGCGGCGUCCCCGCCGCCCAAGCAGGCACCUUAUCCCUCCUAAUCGGCCACCCACCUCCCUCCUGCCCAACCUCCAACCCCAAACUAUCCACCCGCCUCACCCAUAUCUUAUCUAUGCUGGGUCCCGCCUCAAAGUUUUUCUACCUAUCCACCCUCGGCGCAGGCCUAACCGCCAAAAUCGCAAACAACUACCUCUCGGGCACCAUUCUCCUCGCAACAGCCGAGGCCCUGGCGCUAGGUAUAUCGCACGGCCUCGACCCGUCCGUCCUCUACUCCGUCAUCAAAUCCAGCACGGGACAGUCCUGGAUGUGCGAUCACGUCAUGCCGGUGCCGAAUGUGCAGACGGAGUACUGGGUCCCGAGUAACAGCGGGUAUAAACCAGGGUUUAAGACGCAGAUGAUGAUUAAGGAUUUGGGACUGGGGGUCCAGAGUGCGAGACAAGUGGGGACGGGGUGUAGCAUGGCGGAGAAGGCGCUGGAGAUUUGGGAGCAAGCGGCGCGGGACGAGCGGUGUAGGGAUAGGGAUGGGAGUAGUGUUUAUUUGUUUGUUGGGGGGAAGUUGCCGGAGGGGUAUGAGGAUAGGGGGAGGAGGGGGGAGGAUGGGACGUGGGAGUUUGGGGAAUAG